AUUAGAUAAUAAUUUUUAUAAAAGCAAUUUUUGUGAUUAGUUAAUUUUUAUUUAUUUUUUUAGACGUACUUACUAUCAUUCUAUACUUCAAUCUUGAGCUUUUUAUAGUUUUUAUACCAUUCAUAAAAUUUUUACUGUUUAUAAUCGGCUGGGUUAUCGAGGAAGUUGUGAAAAUCAUAGUCUUAGAUACUAGUUUGUAAAUAGUGGAAGCGCAAUAGAUUAAAAGCAUGGUUUUUUAUCAUUAUUAUUAUUGUUUACUUGGAGUAAAACGCACGUCCAAUUCAGGACUUGUACGUCGAGGUGAUCAUCAAGUGCCACUACUUCUUUUUUGUUGAUUGAUAAAAAAAAAAGUAGCGGAAAAAACUCAUGAAGAUAUUUUUCCCUGCAUGACUGAAUGCGCAAACGCGAUAAGAAUGCAUCCUCGCGACGAAGACCUCGCCAAGGAGAAAAGGUAUUUAGCGUGGCCGCGGGAGUUAUCAAAUGUCAGUCUGUUACUGUCAGCGAUUGCUGUAGGAUGGGGAAUAGCUUUUUCUUGUCUUGCAAUCGUCUGUAGUCAGUAGCAAAGGGGUACCGCGUUAGAGGGGUCACUAAUUAAGGGCUCCCAGUUAAUUUAAAAUUUUUUUAAAGUCGUGGAAAGUUAUGCCACGACCUCAACCAAGUAAAUUUAUUUUUCCCAUGUACAAGCGUCAACGUAUCAAGAAUUGUCAAGGUGAAGAAAAUAUUAAAUAAACCAAAUAAUAAUAUAAAACAAGGGUGAUAAUUUUAUCAACUACUGAAUUGGUAAUUCAAAAGUUGUUUUAAUAUUUACGACUUUAUAAAUCCCUUCAUUCCAAACAAAUGAACUUUAUAAAGCAUAUUGUAUUUGGAAAAUACCUCGUAGUCACAAACACCGUGAGCUGUGGUUUGAUGAUGGGUAUUGGGGAUAUUUUGCAGCAACGCAGUGAACAAUGGAAACGUAAAUAUUUACAAUCGUCUACUGAUCAGGAGCUUGAUAUAAUGGAUGAUAAAAAAAGUAAUUUAUUAUUUGUUAAUUGCUCGAAUAAUUUUAAUGAUGACAGUACGAGUAAUCAGCUGGUGAAUCUGACGAAUAAAUUCCAAGAUAACGACUCGGUGACCAGUUGCCAUGAUCUUGUGAGAACGAAGAACAUGGCGAUGAUUGGUAUGAUCCAAGGUCCAUUCAAUCACUUCUUUUACGCGUUUUUGGAUCGAUUUCUGCCAGGUAAAACAGCCAGGUCGAUUGUAAAAAAGACAUUUCUUGAUCAAGUUAUUGCCAGCCCUACUUGUCUUUCUAUUUUUUUCUUCGGACAUGAGAUGCUUGAGCAGCGCGAUUUCCGCUUAAUGUACGGCGAAAUUUUGGAGAAACUUGUAGAAACUUAUAAAGUGGAUUGUUGUUUUUGGCCUCCUACACAAAUGUUGAAUUUCUUGUUCGUACCAAUGCGAUACCGCGUAAUUUAUAUUAAUCUUAUGAAUGUUUUUUACAAUAUAUUUUUGUCGUACACUAAAUAUGACGCUGAUUAAAAAGUGGACAAUAAUCGAG